AUGGGCGGUAGCAUAGUGUCUUCUCCGUGGUUUUCGACAAUAAUAACAAUUUCUAUCGUUCUUAUACUAGUUUUGAUCUCUCUUAUAAUUAAUUCAUUUUCUUAUCUUGACUACUAUGAGUACGGUUUUCUUCGUCGUCGAACUACAGGUCGCGUUAACCUUGAUCGAGUUUAUGAAAGUGGACGAUAUUUUUUUGGACCAGAUUAUACUUUCAAAAUAUUCAAAGCUUCAGGACAUCAAGUCAAUCUUGAUAAUACAUCGGUUUUUACAACAGAUAACUUACAAGUUCAUCUAAAAAUAUCUUUUCAAUAUUAUGUUAUCAAAGAAGAUUUGCCACUUCUUCAUGCUGCAUAUGAUAUUAAAUAUGAACCAAUUAUUACUCUGAAUGCUAAAGAAGCAAUUAUAUCGACAUGUUCUCGAUUUGAUACUGAUGAAUAUAUAAAUAAUCGAGAUAAAAUUUGGCUUGAAAUUUAUUUUGGUGUUAAACGUCAUUUAGGUAAAAGAAUAGAAUAUAUAUAUAACUAUAAAUCAAAGAAAAUUAAUAUUCUAGGUGGUUCUUGUUGUAUUCCUAAUUGUAAAAAAAAUUGUCCAAAAUGUCCUAUACAUGAACAAUGUAUGUCUGAUUGUAAACCACGUGAACAAGGUUGUAAAAAAGAAGAGAAAGGUUUAUUUGUUGAACUACGAUAUCUUCAAUUGCAUGAUAUUGAUGUUCCUGAACGUGUCAUGGAACGACGUCUUCUUGGUUUAGUUCGUGAUUUAGAAAAAGAAAAAGAAGAAUCUUUGAAUCAAGAAGCUCUUGUUAAAAAACAAACAGAUAUAUUAGUAAAUCAAUUUCAUAAUAAUGCAACACAAUCAAUUGCAUUUUCUGAAUCUCAAUCUAAAUUAAAACGUGAACGAGCUAAAGCUGAUGCACUUAAAACUAUUUCAUUAGCUCGAAUUAAUGGUUUAGCAUCUAUGUGCACAACAUUAGGUAUUACGCAAGCAAAACAUAUAAAUUCUGUUGAAUAUUUACAGACAUUAAAAGAUUCAAAAGAUAAUAUUACAUACUCAAUUGACUUCACUCAUGCUAUUUUACAAAAUUCAAAAUUAACAUAA